CCCACCGGUAUGAGGACUACUACUGACUGCUCUGUUUGGUGGAGUAACUUUUACUCCAAAUCUUCCCCAAUGUCUUGGUCUAAAAAUAGAAUUCUUCCCCCUUUCUAAUUUUUGCGGUCCGUUGGAACGAGUAAACGAGUAUUUAUUGACCUUUUGUGUUUCGUGUUCUGUCAGAUCUAAUAGUUGCUUUAAUUUAUUUUUUGUAGGACCUUUCUGGAAUCUUGAGCUACGCAACCACAAGAUUCGCAUCACGCGAUCCUUCGCCACCCAGGUACCAGAUAUGGUCUAUCCUUCCCUUCUGAUUUUCUGGUUGCCAUUCGCAGUGGUGGAAGAAGCGAAAGACAUCAACCGGGAGGCGAUACUACAUUUCUACAGCAUAUCCUCGUAUUUCAUACGUCAUGGUUGAAUGACACAUGCCUUCUCAGGCUACAAAUUUUCUCGAAAAAAGCAAAGAGGAAAUUGAAUGUAUAUACGAAUGUUUAUUGAAAGUUUGAUUAAUGGCGAGUUCGAAAACAAGGACUCGCUAACAUGAUCACAUUAUGUAAAAGGAGCACAUGUCAGUCCCCCACGCCCUAGACGACAACGCGUGACGAGAGGAAUACGUGGACGGCUACGGGAGGAGUUAAGGCAAUAUAUAUUGACAAAGUAAUAUAUCACAGACAAACUCAAGAAUCGAACCGACUACGGAAUCGAACAAGAACAGGAAAAAACAAGGAAGAUGGUGGACGUUCGAAGAUAUGCAGCCUUUCGAGGUGUGCAACGUUUUCUAUGCAGGAUUACAACACCGUCGGAGAGCUGGCGUCUCAUGUGUCUAUCUCGCCGUUUCUAUCAUACAUUCACAGAAUCAUACAGUACACACACUGUACCACAGUCUCUCUCCAAACACUGCAUCAACAAGCCCAAGGGAAUUGUAGGUGUAGAGCUCGCCCACAGGAUAAGCUCACACGACUUCGCAGAACACUUUCCAACCCAAAAGAACCAUCCGACAUCCGGAUAUAUUCGUGAAACCCUACAAUACAGCCUGAAUUAAAGUCGCUACUAUUCGAAACCGAAGACCAACCUCCUGAGGGAAACGCACAAUUUUCUGCAUCGCAAACCCCCUCUUGAGGAAAGAUGACUGCUUAAUGUGUCGACGAUCUCGAGGGGGGUCCUACUCUCUGCGACAAGUCUUUCCGCAACUUGCAACUUGCAAGAAAAGUAGCCGCUCAGGGGUUCUACGCGAGCACAUGCAAGAAAGCGCCCGACCCCAAACCGAGGCCUCUCAUUGGCUCGCCCCAUCUCUCUCUGCACCCCUCAAAAUACCCAACGACACAUUUCACUGGCUCGAUCAAAAACCCCACCACGGCGCAUCAGUCGAGGGGGUUAUAGAUAUCUGCACCCGGAUCCGCAUCUACAGCGGCUACAGGGCCCAACUAUCGCUGUCCAUUCCCGUGCACCACCUCCACUAUCUACAGUAGUGUAACUGUCUUAAGCUUGAGGUGCUAUUUAUGUACUUUUCUGCAAAUGGUCUCCAUGAGGGCGUUUAUGAGGUUUGAAGCGAGAGGGGGAAGGGGGAGUAUUUGAAUGUUUCGUUUCCUCUUCUUUGAUUCUUCCAGUGUGUUUGUGUGUCUAUCUGUUUCUUAUUCCAAUAACCCAUUUCUUUCCUUCUUUCCAUAUUCCAAACUUUUCCACCUCAGUUCAUACCCAUUUUCUCACACAUCAUAUCACAACCCUCAACAUGUCCACAGAAAGCAAACCCCAGCUCCAAUCGGAAGUCAUCCAAUCCGAUUUCGAAUCAUUCGACACCCCCCAACGUCCCAUCAAAAGCCCUCUCCUAAAAAUCACCGACUCCAUCCGUCUAGGAUUAACCGUCCUCGCCCUCCUAUCUUCCAUCGCCAUCCUCGCCACGUCCGCAGAGACACUAUCGACGUACAACGAGACGAAAGGCGGGGGAGAAGAUUGGAUGGUGCCCCUCUGGCCGCGGGACUUUGAUAUCCGCCCGACAAUUGCGCUGGUCACUUGUAGUGCGGUGAUCCUAGUCUCUAGCGGUAUCUCUCUAGCGAUUCCUUUUAUCCCUACUGUACGAUUUCCAUCACCUCACAACCCACCUCAAUCCAUAUAAACUCACUAACAAACCCAGCUCCCCACCCUCCUAAUAACAACCCUCUCCCUCCUCGCCCCAACCACCUGCCUCAUCGCCAGCCUCGUCGGAACAGCCCUCUUCUACGGCGUCAACACCUCGCGCACCACCUCGUCACUCCAAUCCUGGAGCUGCCAGUGGCGGGCCGUCGAGAUGGGGAUGCAGCCCCAUUGGGGUAGCUUGUGUGUGCAGAGUAAAUCCGCUUUGUACUUGAUGGUUAUGAUGAUCCCGUUGGAGAUGGGGGUGUUGUUUGUUGUUGGUACGGGGAUGGUUGUGGUGAGGAAGGAGAGGGCUGGUGUGAGGGUGGUGAGGGAGGGGAAGGGGAGUCAGGCUUUGUCUUAG